AUGUCAAGGAAUGGCAGAUCCAGAUCACCAACGUCUUCAGCCACCUCAGCGCUGAAGAUUUCGCGCGCCAUUGCGGGCUUUGGUCGGUAUCCCUCCAAGCGGCCGCCGGGCCUGAUGGUCGACCACCUGGGCUGCAUGAAAUUGGACGACAUCAUGCGCUGCUGGGGCGUGAAGCACGACUUGGAGGAAAAGGAUAUCAUGCACGCUGUGCGAAAACACAUGUUCCGAGAGUACGCAGAUGGCGGCUCCCUGCGCUUCGCAAUAGAUGGCGAUCAAGAUGGCGGUAUCAUCAUUCGGGUCAUGCCAAGCCAAGACGAUCGACCACGCCACAGGUGUAUCGGUUACGAUGGGUACGAUGACUACAACCCGGACGCCGCGUAUUUCCGAGCGUUUGGACAGCAGCCUCCUCAGAAGCGAGUGCCCAAAAUGGUCGGCAGCGUACUCAAGACGCCGAUGCCCAAGCCGAUGCCCGUGAAUGGGAGGUCCCGGAACAAGUUGGACAUGGCGCUGGAUGAUUUGAUCGGCGGCGAGGUGAUAGACUUGGAGGAGGACGAGGCCGCCAAGGCCAACGCUUUCAACCUGAAGCACGCGAGGGUCAUGCGCUCCGUGAAGCAGAUGGGCCUCACCGCGGAAACCAUGCAUGUGCGGCGAGCUCCGCAGGACAAAGAUGGCUCCCGAGAUCAGCGAGGGCGGCCUCGCGCAGAUGCGCCCAGGCGGCAACGAUGGAGCGGCGGUGGUGGCGGCCGCGACCGCUGGAGCCCUGCCGAGAAGGUGACCAGAUGGAUUUCGUGGGUGGUGCAGGCGGGCUACAAGGACCUUGAGAUCGUGCGAUCAGAAGGAGGAUGGGUGGACGUGGCAGCCCUGGCUGAAGCCAUGGCGCGGGACCGGAAAGAUUUGGGCAGCUUCGACCCCCUGAAGCUGAAGGAGUUCAUCCAGGCGAGUGAUUCAGAGGGCCGCUUCGAGAUCAACGGCAUGAUGCAGCUGCGGAAGGUGCCCAAGGACCUGCGCCGAUCCCGUGAUCAACGCUCGCCAUUUGAACGACAAGCUCACCGUGAUCCUCUAGAAACCGUAGAGGUAGCUUCCUCCGCAUCCUCAGGGUGCCGAAGGCCCGCUUCCCCAUCGAUAGAUUACUCUGAUGAUGGGCAGAUGGCUGACGACCCGCAGGGAGAUGCGCUAGCGGCAGAGUGCGCUGAGAAGAUGCGGGUGUCUGGGGACGUGGAGAUUGAUGUGAAGCCGGUCAAGGCCGAAGCCAGGUUUCCCAGUGCAAAGGAGGUACCGAAACCAUCCUCACCACCAGGUGACCACUGGACGAGAUUUCAGGACGAAGGUGGAGGUGACUACUGGUGGUUCUACGAUGGCCCCUUAGGUAUGUUUUGGGCAGGCGCGGAUACCACGCAGAUUCUGCCGUACGUGUCCGAGAAGAAAGGUGAGGAUGACGAUGUAGCUCGACGGCGGCUCUUCCGCGGCACGCGGCUCUGCAACUGGGCCGGCGACUUAAAAGACCUUCCCGACUUCUCCAAGACAAGGCUUUGCGAUCCAUUCAUGAAAAGUGGCGCCUGCGAGCAUGGCACCAGCUGCAAGUUCGCUCAUAGCCACGAUGAGCUUCGCCCUAGCUACAUCUCGUCAAAGGGCCGCCAGGCAUUCAGCACUGCGCCGGCUAGGAGCUCGCAGGCCUCAGGCAGCGAAGAUCCUACCGGUCCUACCCCACUGCCAAAUUUGCCUCCGGCUACGAAGGCGGGCCUACUACACAGCGCUGCCAUGUACUCGUUGAUGCUGCAGGGCCUCCAGGUGUCGUCCGCAUCCUCUGCCACCCCGAAUCCGAAUCCGAGCCCGAAUGAAGCCGUGGUCACACUCUCCCCUUCCCCCAGAGAGAUGCAGAGGGGCCGGGUGCCACAAAGGGGCAUUCCCAUGGAAGAGAAAUCCAGGGAGAUGGAGAAGAGUCUUCACUCGGAGAUGGAGAGGAAUUUCACUUGGAGCAGGCAGACCACUGCAGAUGUGACAGAAUCAGUGCGCUCCCGGACCCCAGAUGACUUUUUUAGACAGACAACCGAUGAGCGGCGGUCCUGCUUCUCUAGACAGACGACCGAAGAGCGGCGGUCCUGCUUCUCUAGACAGACGACCGAAGAGCGGCGGCCAUGCUUGCCCCUCUCUCAGCUCCUCAGUUUGCCGGAGCCCGGAGAACACACCGACGCUUCCACGCAUAGCAGGGCCGGAAGUCGCUCGGAGGAUGAAAAAGAAGAGCUCCAGGUGCGGCUGAAGAACACCUUCCUUCAUUUCGAGCCCGCAGAGGGUGCAGAGGCGAAUGUAGGUUUCAAGAGGUCAGCUUCCCUUCCAGCUUUGCCUUGUGACCAACCAGAAGCUUCAUUGGAGGAGCUCAAGGACAGUUCAUGA